AUGGAGCUGAAACUGAGUCAACUGAGCAAGAGAAUUGCCGCCAUGGGGCUUUGGCCAAUUAUUUUCUCUGCGUCUGCUGUCGAGGCAUCCGUUGUCCAGGGCCGUCAAGGCCUCGGAAACGCUGGGAAUGUCUGGAUCACCGUCGAUGCCAGCGGCGAUGCGCAGACUAUCACGCCCACGCCCACUACCAUCAAUGGGGCAGUGAGCACCAUAUCCGGGGCUCCCGAGUACGUCACGCAGACAUCCAUGUACACCCUGACGAAAAGCAGCAGCAUCGUCACCACCAGUACUGGCAUGGCCCCUGUCGCAACCGCGACGGGCACUGGCGUAGCCGGCGCAUUUGUCCAGUGCAGCAAUUAUCAGGGCGUCGAUGCUCCUUUCUGCCUGCCUCGUGCGGGUAGUGUCCUAGCAGCAGGAAAAACCUACUAUGUGACAUGGGACCCUACCAUCUUCGCAAAUGAAAAUCAAACACUGCAGGUGCAAGGUGAAUAUGCAGAUGGCGAGGGUUUUGCAUCAUCGGAUAUGGCUGCCAGUGCAGGCUUCUACGCAUGGUCUAUUGACCGUGAUCUACUGUCAACACAAAACACCGAGGCACUUGUUGUCUCCCUGCGCCUUGCAUACUUCGAUUCUAACGAAGACUCGGAGAACAGUGUGCGCACGCUUGAUUACGGCCCGAACAUAACCAUCUCAGGUGUCGCGGACGUCUCCAGCGGCGGUGGUCACCCGAACACUGUAGCCAUUGCUGUACCAGUCGUCAUCGGACUUGUCGCCAUUCUAUUCGCUGGGUUGUGCUUCUGGUCGUGGCGACGACAUGGUCAUGUAUUGUGUUUCGGCCAAAGGAAGUCUCAGGGCUAUGGUGAACGGCAGAGUCGAUCACAGCGAACCGAGGCGGCUUCUGCGGACCCCACAGAUAAGAGUCGUGGUAUUCAGCUAACUGAUAGGGAAAGCUGGUCGCCGACUCAAGGACGAAAUGUCUUCCGGGAGGAGAUUCAGAGACAGGAGCAAGCUGGUGUUUGA